UCUAUAAGUAGACCUUUCAGACUGGGAGAGAGAGACAACGAUCGAACGAGAGAGAUAGAGAGAGAGAGGCAGAAACAGCGAGGCAGCGAGGAUACGAUGGAUAUCUCGGGCGCGGCGACGGGGCGGUGGCUAGGUCUCGUCACGGCGGUGUGGGUGCAGUGCAUCUCCGGCAACAACUACACCUUCUCUAACUACUCUGACGCCCUCAAGACGCUCAUGGGACUCACCCAGCUCCAGCUCAACAAUCUCUCCGUCGCCAAGGACAUCGGAAAGGCCUUCGGCAUCGUCGCUGGCCUAGCCUCCGACCGUCUCGCCACCCCGAUCAUCCUUCUCAUCGGCUCUCUCGAGGGCCUCGUCGGGUACGGCGCCCAGUGGCUAGUCGUGCGCCAAUCCAUUCGCCCCCUCCCCUACUGGCAGAUGUGCAUCUUCUUGUGCAUGGGCGGGAACAGCACGACUUGGAUGAACACGGCGGUGCUCGUAACGUGCAUCCGCAAUUUUCGCCGGAACCGAGGGCCGGUGUCAGGGAUUUUGAAGGGCUACGUGGGCCUCAGCACCGCCAUCUUCACCGACAUCUGCUCUGCCCUUUUCUCCGACGACCCCGCCUCUUUUCUCUUCCUGCUUGCGGUCGUCCCCGCCGUGGUUUGCACCACGGCGAUGCUCUUCCUCCGUGAGUCACCGCCGGAGGACGUGGAGGCGGAGGACGACGGCACCGACUCACAGUAUUUCGGGGUCAUCAACGCGAUGGCGGUGGUCAUCGCAGUGUACUUGCUGGCCUUUGAUCUGACAGGCAAACAUGGAGCGGUCGUCUCCAGGGUCUUCGCAGCGGUUCUGCUACUCCUGCUAGUGGCGCCGGUGGCGGUUCCGAUCCACAUAGCGCUAAAGUCGAUUUGCAGAUCGGGGAUACGCGAGAAAGCUGAUGUGGAGGACGGAGGAGUGAGCGAGUUAUUGUUGACAGCAGAGGCAGAGACGACGGAGGCAGAGGAUAGCCAUAGUCCGAGGGCGGAAGAGGCGGUGGUGGAGGAAAAAAUUGAGAAGGGGACGAGACGGCGGAGACCGGAGAUCGGAGAGGACCACACGAUAGUGGAGGUGGUGAAGACGGUGGACUUCUGGGUCUUGUUUUUGUCGUUUCUAUGCGGGGUUGGAACGGGGUUGGCAGUGAUGAACAACAUGGGGCAGAUGGGUACGGCAAUGGGCUAUACGGAUGUUUCCAUCUUCGUCUCCAUGCUUAGCAUCUGGGGCUUUUUUGGGCGGAUCGCAUCCGGAACCGUAUCGGAAUACUUCAUCAAGAAGCAUGGGACACCGAGACCCAUAUGGAACGCGGUCUCGCAAUUACUAAUGGCCGCCGGCUAUGUGGUGAUGGCCAUAGGCAUGCCGGGCUCCCUCUUCAUCGGCUCCGUGGUGGUGGGCUUGUGCUACGGUGUCCGUCUUGCCAUCUCAGUGCCGACGGCGUCCGAGCUGUUUGGGCUCAAGUACUACGGCCUCAUCUACAACAUCCUCAUCCUCAAUCUUCCCCUCGGCUCCUUCCUCUUCUCCGGCCUGCUCGCCGGCAUCUUGUACGACGCUGAGGCCACGAAGACGGAUGGCGGGGCUAAUACCUGCGUGGGAGCGCACUGCUACCGGAUGGUCUUCGUGGUGAUGGCCUUUGUGUGCCUGGUCGGCGUCGGGUUGGAUGUCUUGCUGGCGCACAGGACCAAGGAGCUUUACCGGAAGAUCUAUUCGACCAAGAGGUCAAAGAACAUGAAAGCUGCCGUGUCUGCUCGCCACUGAUGGUGAUUCUUUCUUUCGUAGCGUAUCUAUAUUCCUUUUUGUACUAUUUUGUUUAGGAUUUUAAUACGUUCUUUUUCGGUUGCUGCGAAUUUUAUUUUAAAACAUCGAAGCUUUUCCAGUUUUCUUUUAUUAAAACUAUUCUGUUUUCA